AUGCAUAUCCCGCCCAGUUCCGUUGCUGCUGGCUCAGCGACACCUCCACCGACAUCGAUACAGAGUAAUUACAAUGGCGGGGUCUGGGCUCUGGGUACAUCUGGAGGAUACAGUGAGAGCUGGAGUAGUCUUAUCGGCAUCGUGACGGCGAUAGUCGGGAAUGUGUUGAUCUCCUUCGCGCUGAACAUGCAGCGGUAUGCGCACAUCCGGCUCGAGCGGGAAUGGCAGGAGAAGGAGCGGCAGAGGAAGAGGAGGAGUGCCAGCCAGACGAGUCUAGCGCGGCUAGCGGAGGGAGGGAAAAGGAAGAGGCGAAACGAGGAUGCGCAUGGUGACGAUGCCUUGGAAUCGUCCCCUCUGAUCGGCAAAGACGGCGGAGAAACUAUAACGAAACACCCCUCGUACCUCAAAUCUACGUACUGGUGGCUCGGUAUAAUCCUCAUGACCGUCGGCGAAUGCGGAAACUUCCUCGCCUACGGCUUCGCGCCUGCGUCUAUCGUCUCCCCCUUGGGCGUCGUCGCCUUGAUAUCGAACUGCAUGAUUGCGCCGUUCAUGCUCAAGGAGCCGUUCCGCAUGCGCGAUGCGCUCGGUGUUGUGAUUGCGGUUGGCGGCGCCGUCACGGUGGUGUUUUCGGCCAGCGACAACAAUCCGAAGUUGGGACCGGAUGAGAUUUGGGACUUGAUUCGGAGAUGGGAGUUUGAGACGUAUCUGGGGAUUACAUGCGCGGUUAUUGCGUGUCUUAUGGUGGCGAGCAACAGAUUUGGGGAGAAGAACAUCUUGAUUGAUCUGGGGCUCGUCGGGCUUUUCGGCGGAUACACAGCCCUCUCCACAAAAGGCGUCGCAUCACUCCUCUCAUACACCCUCUGGCGCGUCAUCACCUUCCCAGUCUUCUACCUCCUAGUCGCCAUCCUAGCCGGCACAGCCAUCAUGCAAAUCAAAUACAUCAACCGCGCCCUGCAGCGCUUCGACGCCACCCAAGUCAUCCCCGUGCAAUUCGUCCUCUUCACCCUCUCCGUGAUCCUCGGCUCCGCAAUCCUCUACCGCGACUUCGAACGCACCUCUGGCGACCACGCGGGGAAAUUCGUCGGCGGCUGCGCCCUAACCUUCACCGGCGUGUGGUUCAUAACAAGCGGCCGCGUCUCCAGCGGGAGCGACACAGCCUCGGAGUUCGACUCAGACGACGACCAAGUCCCCGACGCUAUCAACCUCUCCACACACGACACCUCAACCCCGGAGACAAGCUCCUCCACCCUCCUCCCCCCGCGCCGCACAUCCCGC